AUGGAGGACGAAAACCACGAGGACGAACAAAUGCCAACGCUAAAAAUGAUUUAUGAAAUGCUUAGAAAAGUUCAAGAAAAUACGGAUGAAAUAAAAAAGGAAAGUGCAAUCUUUAGAAAAGAAUUGGAAGAAAUCAAGAAAGCUUCGUCAUUUCAAGCUGAAGUCAUAGAAGAAUUUAAAGAAGAGAAUACAAAACUACGAGACGAGCUCAAGAAACAAAUUGCCCAAACAAAUGAGAUGCAAGUAAAAAUAGCAGAUCUUAACCUACGAUGCAACUCCCAAGAUGAGAGCAUUGACGAAAUCAACCAAUAUCAGAGGAAAUAUAACUUAGAAUUCCAUGGAAUACCCGAAGAACAGGAUGAAGACCUAGAAGAAAUUAUAGAAGAGAUAGCAAAAGGAUUACAAGUGGAUGUGGAAUCAAAUGAUAUUGACAUUGUGCAUAGACAACGUUCCAAAUUAAGCCCUAGACCAAUUCUUGUCAAGUUUAAAACCUACGACGACAAGAAAGCUAUGUAUGAAGCAAGGAAAAAGUUGAAAAAUUUCGAGYCAAGCGACAAAGUCAAUGGAGCAGAGAAAAUAUAUAUCAWCGAGCAUCUCACGCAUGAAAGAAAAAGGUUGUUUGCAGAAAUCCGGAAAAGAGCGAAGCAGUAUGAGUGGUUCAACGUCUCAACAAAGGACGGUAAAAUUUUUGUGAAGAGAGAGAGAGGCGGAAAGUCUUUCAUGGUAACCAAACAGGCCGAUUUGGAAGUUCUUUACAGUUGAGGUAUUGGUUAAUUGACUUAGACUUCUGUAGAGCGCAAUUAAAAAUUUUGAUAAAUG